AAAUGGACUCUCCAUGCCGUCUGAUAUUCGUCACUCCAGGCGAAGCCCAGAGAGAGAGAGAGAGAGAGAGAUGGAAGGCGGGGUUGUCGAUGAAGGGCCGGUGUGCGUGACAGGAGGAACUGGGUACGUGGCGUCCUGGCUUAUCAAGAAACUGCUCGAGAAGGGCUACACCGUCCGGACUACAGUUCGUUCUGCUACUGAUGGAAACGAAAGGGACCUCAGCUACCUCACCAACUUGCCGGGCGCGGCGGAGAGACUGCAGAUAUUCGGCGCCGACCUGAGCUAGCCGGAGAGCUUCGGGCCUGCCGUCGAGGGAUGCGCCCGCGUGUUCCACACGGCGCACCCCAUCGACUAUACCCUGGCGUCGCCGGAAGAGGCUGUCACGCGGGUCGCCGUCGGGGGCCUCCGGGGGGGGUCCUCGCGGCGUGCCUCGGCGCCAGGACCGUCAAGCGGGUCGUGUACACCGCCACCGCCAGCGCGUGCCUGUUCAGCGGCGAGGACCUGGACGUCGCCAACGAGGGCACGUGGAGCGACCUCGAGGUGUGCCGGAGGUCGCCCUUCUACCCGAACUACCUGGUGUCGAAGACGGUGACGGAGAAGGAGGCGCUGGAGUUCGGAGAGCGGCACGGGCUGGAGGUCGUGACCUGCGUUCUUCCCACGGUGACCGGGCCUUUCAUCACGCCCUCCGUGCCGGGGUCCGUCGGGCUGACCGCCUCCAUACUCGCCGGCAAUGUGCAAUGGUACGAGCUAUUGCCGAUGUGGUACCUGGUGCACACGGACGACGCGGCGAGGGCUCUCAUAUUCCUUAUGGAGAGCCCGAAGGUGAAGGGCCGGUACGUUUGCCGAGCACUCGAGCUGAGGACUCACGAGCUGGCCGAAUUCAUGGCCGGUAGAUACCCCGAGCUCAACAUAACCAUCACAGACAAGAUGAAGGAGCUGAAGGAUCGAAAGGCAACUAGCCUCUCCUCGAAGAAGCUCUUGGACGCCGGGUUCGAGUACAAGUACGGGGUCGAGGAGAUGUUCGACGACAUGGUCCGGUGCUGCAGAGCGCUGGGCCAUUUUUGAAUAAUCGAUCGGGCCUCAAAUUUGGAGAAGAGAAGAACAUCCGAUUGAAAGUUUGCCGUGUUCAUUGCGUUCCUCUCGUACCGAGUGGAGUUGUCUUUUUGUUUGGAAACUUUGCGGUAUCCACCAUACGUUUGUUCCCAACAAUUCCUUCUCUUGCUCAUACUUGGACCUUUAGAAUGCACAUAAAGAAGCAACCGACCCCCUUCGAUAUUUCUCUUAACGUGUUAUACACUGUUGAAAG